AUGUCGGAGCGGCGCGCGCCGGCGAGGACACCGCCGGACGCCAGUGAGAACCCCAACCAGAGAGAGCUCAUCCGCAGCCACAUGAAGAUGGUCAUCGACCAGCUGGAGGGCAUCCUGAAGGAGCUGAAAGACGUGGCCCACGAGCUGCGAGAGGUGGUGGGUCAGAUCGACAAGCUGACGUCGGACUUUGACUUCGACCUGGAGCCGGACGACUGGACGGUGGCCACAGCGAGCAGCACGUCGAGCAGCGAGCGGGGCCUGGGAGAGGCCUUUCGGCUGGACUUCCUCAGCCACGACCUACUCUCCGACAGCUGGGAGUUCUGCAACUAUCUGGAGGCCUCUGCCUCCGCCUCUGCUUCCGCCUCCACCUCCACCUCCACUGCACCCGGGGCCGGACCGGGAUCGGGUCCUGGGUCGGGGUCAGGGUCGGGGUCAAGACUCGGAGCAGGUGAAGGUGGAGGACGAGGAGGAGCAGUAACGAGGACAAAGUCGGUGGGCGUGAGAGCCUCGACGACGGCCGUUCAGACCGGAGAUGAGAACUCGGACUCGGGGUCGGGCCCCGGACGGACAGGGGGAUUGGUAUCCCCAUCCUCUGUCUCCCCACCCCCCUCCACCACCACCACCGGCACCUCCACUGGCCCCACGUCGGCCUACUCGCAGAUGAACGGGGGAAUCCCCAUCAUCCCCAACGGGCCGCUGAUCGUCACGCCGGACUCGUCCAGCGAGGAAGCCUCCAGCUCCACGCACAGCCAGAAGACGUCGCGGACCUCGGGCACGCGAGAGCGCGUUCGCUUCAGCGACAAGAUCCUCUACCACGCGCUCUGCUGCGACGACGACGAGGACGAGGAGGAGGAGGAAGAGGAGGAGGCGUACGGCGUAGGCGAGGACGGAGACGAGGACGAGGAGGAGGACGAAGAGGACGACGAGGACGAUAAGCGGGACUGCUGCACGCCGGACACGGACAGCGAGCUCAGCCCCCUCGCCUGCUCCCCCGUGCCGCCCCUCUCCUCGCUCAUCUCCUCCGCUGCCACGGAACAUUCCAGACUCCACAACUGUCUGACUGACCCCGCCUCGGCGGCGUCCACGGCGCCGUCGCUCGUGGGCCGGCUGCCGCUGGGGACUCACUCGCUGGGACGGAAGGGGCUACUGCAGCCCUCGUGCCGGAAGAAGCUGCUGCGCAACAGCAGCACGCAGACUGUGUCCGACAAGAGCACGCAGACCGUCCUGCCCUACGUCCCCGCUAAACAGAAAACAAAGGACCACUGAGAGGACUCUAUACUUUAUGAAAAACAUAAAAGAGUACAAAGAAAAGAAAAGAAAAAAAAUACUCUAUACGGAAAAAAAAGAACUGUAUACAUAUUUAAUACUAUUACAUAGAUCAUAGAUUAAUACACAAAAUAAUUAAUUAAUUACUAAAAUAAAUAAAUGAUAUAUGGGAAUUCAAAAAAACACACUCGACUACCUAAAGUCAUUCAAAGGCUCAGGGAUAUACGGGUUGAGAUUAGCCACAUGCGAGGGGGGAGGGGGAGGGGAAGGAAGUGCUUAGCCAAUGACCCGUGAAGCAGUCUGGAGAAGGAAAGGGGUUGGUAGGUGGACCAAAAUGACCGUCCCUGCUUCUGUAAAGACAUGUACAAUAUGACUUCAUACUUCUUUUUUGUGUUUCUUCUCUCCUUUUUCCAUCUGCAUCACUUGUCGGACAUAUUUUACUAUGAAAUCUUUAGUCGAAAUAAUGGUUGUGGAAAGCA